CGGGCCGCGGCCGGAAGAACGGACCCCUCAGCUUGGCAUGGAGGGAUGGGGCGCCAGCAGACGGUGCACAGUUCAAGAGCAGCGUGCCCGUUGGGAGCGGAAACGCGCCUGCACUGCCCGGGAGCUGCUGGAGACCGAGCGGCGCUACCAGGAACAGCUGGGGCUGGUGGCCACGGUGCGGCCGCGCACGCCCUCCCGUAUGGGGCGGGGACCCCAGGGUAUAGGAGGGUCUCUGCGAGGUAUAGUGGGUCUUGGGCCGGCCGCCUGCAUUUAGGGAGCUCAGGCAUUCUAGUUUCUAGCAGCGGCUUGGCAUUAGCCUCCUCUUCCGGCAGAUUAUAUACCCGUACUCUCCUUCCGCAGUACUUCGUGGGGAUUCUGAAAGCCAAGGGCACCCUGCGACCUGCAGAGCGUCAGGCCCUCUUUGGGCCCUGGGAGCUCAUUUACGGCGCCAGCCAAGAGCUGCUUCCCUACCUCGAAGGAGGGCACUGGGGAGAGGGGCUGGAAAACUUCUGCCCCCACCUGGAGCUCUACACCGAAUUUGCUGCCAACGCAGAGAGGUCCCGGACCACCCUGCAGGAGCAACUAAAGAAAAACAAGCAUUUCCGGAGGUUUGUGCGACUUCAGGAAGGCCGCCCUGAGUUUGGGAGCCUUCAUCUUCAGGACCUGCUCCCUCUGCCUCUGCAGAGGCUCCAGCAGUAUGAGAAUCUUGUUGUGGCUUUGGCUGAAAACACAGGUCCCAACAGCCCUGACCAGCAACAGCUCACACGGGCUGCCCGGCUGAUAAGUGAAACCGCCCAGAGAGUCUACAGCAUUGGUCAGAAACAGAAGAAUGACCAGCACCUCCGGCGUGUUCAGGCUUUGCUCAGUGGCCGCCAGGCAAAGGGGCUUACCUCAGGUCGCUGGUUCCUACGCCAGGGCUGGCUACUGGUAGUGCCUCCCCAUGGGGAGCCCCGGCCCCGAAUGUUCUUCCUCUUCUCUGAUGUGCUCCUCAUGGCCAAACCUCGACCCCCACUGCACCUGCUGCAGAGUGGCACCUUUGCCUGCCGUGCCCUCUACCCCAUGGCCCAGUGUCAACUCCACAGAGUCUUUGGCCACUCAGGAGGCCCUUGUGGUGGACUGCUCAGCCUGUCCUUUCCCCAUGAGAAGCUACUGCUUAUGUGCACAGACCAGGAGGAGCUGCUGCACUGGCACCACAGUUUGACUCUGGCCAUCAGCAGCCAGAAGAACUAGAAGAAUCUUCAUUCCAGAACCCAGUUUACUUGAGAGACCAGUCAAAGUCAGAGGAGUACAAAGAAAUCUUCAGUACUAACUAAACAAAACACACACAACACUUCAUGGUUGGAGAAGGGUCAUUUCGGGUUUGCUUGGGACCAAGCCGUUCCAGCUCAUCUGACCAGCCCUUGAGAAUCAGGAAACCAAGUCCCACCCUGGUGAGGUUCUGCUGACCCAGCCCCUCCAAAGCAGAUGAGGGGAUUUAGGACUGAUUAAGCUCAGUGCUGGAUCCCUGGGUGGUUGUUUAUCAGGACUGCAGCUUUGUAAAUGUGGAUGUUUUUAUGUUGAAUACAGUUUCCGUAAUUUAUUUUCCCACUGCAUUUUAGUAAAUAUUUUUCUUCUU